AUGUUUUGCACAUUUAUCUUUCUGAUAAAAAUGAAAAAAGCUGUCGCUUCUUUACCAAAAAUUGGAUUAAAUGCUCGUCAUCGAAUAAUUGCUGAAGGUGGCAUUCCUCCUUUACAAUAUGAUUAUGAACGAGAAAAAUGGGCAAUGGGGGAACGUUUUGGGCAAUAUGGAAUUAAAAGCGGUGUGGAUAUUCGACGUUUAUGGCCGUCUAUUGAGGAAAUUGAAGACAUUACAUCUUUGAGAAUGUAUAGAAAAGCUAAAGAAGCUGCUGAAUUGGCAAAAAAUAAUCAAAUGUUUGAAGAAUUGAGGCGUGAAAAUAGACUGAAAAAAAUCGAAGAAAACUGGAAAAAACACGACGCAAUGUUAGAAGAAUAUUAUGAAGAAAGAGCUCAAUCAAUGGAUCAGAAAAAAAUGGAAGGGGAAGAAUUGCAAAGAAAAAUUCGGCAAGUCCAGGAAUAUUUUGGUUAUUGGGUUGAUCCAGAAGACCCUCGUUUUGAAUUUAUGUUGGCACAGAGAGACGAUGAAGUUAAAUUACAAGAAAAGUUGGCUAAACAAAAAGCGAAAAAGGGAAAGAAACGGCUGAAAUUGACUCCACAAGAGGAGAAUGAAGAGAAAAGUGAAACAAUAAAAUGUCUUCAAAUGACUUGUCAAUUGUUCGAUAUGUUGGAAUUAAUGAAUGUAAUCAUUGUGGAUAUUGUGAGUCUACGAAGAGGGCCAAGGCAAAAAUUGGGUGAAUCUUCAACAGAAUCUCAAGAAGACGCGUCUAUUAAUCGAUACAAUUCUAACACUUUUGGGUUAUUCGCUUGUUUUUUAAGCCUAAAUUCUUUCAAUCUACUUUUGGAUCUCGGUUGGAGUCUAUGGGCUUAUCGUCUCACUGUUCGUGCCUAUCAAAAUUUGGUGGAUAGGGGAUGGAGAAGGUCUGGUAAAUAUUUGUACAAACCUAUAAUGAACAAAACUUGUUGUCCUCAAUAUACUAUAAGACUAGAUGUAAACAAAUUUCGUCUUUCCCGAACUCAAAAAAGAGUGCUUUCUGCAAUGAAAAAUUACCUUAAAAAUGAUAUAAAACCUAAAGAAAAAGCUGUUGUUAAUAUGGAAAGUUAUGGUUCUUUAAAUAAAAAGGAGAGUCAAACAAAUGGAGAAAAAAAUGCAAAAAAUGCAGAGAAACACAAAAAAAAAGAAUUUUCUACAACUGAACGUUUACCAAAAAAGAAAUUUUUGAGACGUUUAAAAGCUGAAGAACGCUUAAAAGCUAGGGGAAUUGAUUUAGAAAAGAAAGAAGCUGCUCGAGUCAGAACUUUACAAAGUUAUUUCGAUUAUUUGGACGACGAAAAAAUUGGAAAGGAAUGGAAGCAUCGAUUAGAGAUUAAACUUGUUGGACAACCCUCUCCAGAAUUAGAUGCAGAUUUUGAUGAAGAAUUUGAACUUUUUAAACGUUAUCAAGUUGAAAUACACAAAGAUGAUCCUGAUGAAUUAUCUACAAGUUCUUUUACUCGUUUUUUGGCUUCGUCUCCUUUAAUUGCUGAAGAGGAGAACCAAAAGUCAAGUGAAUUUACUUCACUAGGUUCCUACCAUCAACAAUAUCGUUUAGAUGGUCGAAUAAUAGCUGUUGGAGUAAUUGAUAUUUUACCAAAUUGUUUUUCUUCAAAAUAUCUUUUUUAUGAUCCAAAUUAUUCUUUUUUGUCUUUGGGUGUUUAUUCUGCAUUGUGGGAAAUUAAUUUUACACAAUUUUUGGCGAAACAAAGGCCAAAUUUGCAUUAUUAUUAUAUGGGUUUUUAUUUGUAUGAUUGUCCAAAAAUGCGUUAUAAAGGAUGUUUUAGACCUUCGGAUUUACUUUGUGAUUAUUGCUUUGAUUGGGUACCUCUAUCAGAAUGUGACAAACUUUUAAAAGAAAAAGGUGGUCGUUUUACAACAUUUCACCCAAACGUGGAAACAACUAAAAAACCAGAACCUAAUGAAUCACAAUUAUCUCAAGUUGUGUGUUUAACAGAAAAUAAAAGGCUUUAUUAUGGUGCUUUAAAAGCAAUUUUAGAGCAAUAUGGAGAUGCUGAAGAUGUUGAGGAUUUGAAUGAAAAAGUUGUAAAUUUUGUAAAUUAUGCGGGUCCGGCAUCUUCUCAAAUAGUUUUGAUGCUGUAGAAAAAAUAUAUGUAAGAGAGAGAGGAAAAUAUUUUUAUAUAAAUCUAAAUAAUGUAAAAUAAAUUUCUAUUUAGUUGCUAAUACAACUCCCUCAAUAACACCCCCUUUAAUUCAUACGUAAGCCCAAAGAAGUUUGUCCUGACGUGUCGAGGAGAGAUCCCAUUGUAUUUAACUGUUUUUUAAAAAUCAUUUUUUUGCCUAAAUAAAAUUUAGAAGGUAUUUUUUGAU